AUGAUAAUUCGCCGAUCCAGAAAAGUCGACCAAGCAAGACGGACCUGUGAGCGGGCCAAUCUUGCCGCUCCGUCCUGGGCCCGGAGCCCCCGCAGAGGGCAGGGCUGGGAGCUCCAGGUGGGACCAGCAAGGCAGGAGUUCGCGUCCCCGUCUCGGCCGGGACGGUGCCGGCCCCAGGGCCCCGGUGAGAAACGCAGCCACAGGGGCGGCGCUCCGCGCCGAGACCCGCCUGCGCCUCCUGGUGUCCGGGAGCGAGAAGGGCGGAGGGGACGGACGGGAACCGCACAGAACCUGGUGUGUGAACGCAGUUUAUACCCGUUCCCACCAGCUUUGUGCUCGGGACCCGGAACCGAACGAAAGCAACGCAUCCGGCCCCGCGAGAACGGUUUCUGUUUCCGUGUGGACUGGGUGCCCGGUCGAGUCACCCUCCACCAGGGCAGAGAGUUGGGGAUCGCCCGCGGUCCCGUCCGGAGCCCGGCGCUCCAGGCCCCCUGCCCGCAGGUGGUAGAACCGGGGGGCUGA